AUGGCUGCCAUGCCCUAUCUGUCGGAACCCGUCACGAUCGGAGACUACAUGCUAAAAUCAAAGCUAGGAGGAAGCUCUGUUUCCAUCGUUUGGAAAGCUGAGAGCAAAUCAAGCGGCGAACUUGUGGGAGUGAAGCAAGUGUUCCUUUCCAAGCUCAACAAACACCUCGCUAACUGCUUGGAUUGCGAGCUUAGUUUUCUCUCCUCUGUUAAUCACCCCCACAUCAUUCGCCUUCUCCACGUUUUACAGAAUAUAGAGGAGAAGGGCAUAUUUUCAAAAGCGGUAGCGAUUAGGUCAUCGGCGUCGGAAGAUAGGGCUGAGAAACAGACGUUUACGCCUGGACCUGGAUAUCGGCAAUUCAGUGGAAGAAAUGAAUUUCCGUCGAACAUUUUGCACGGAACAUUAGCUUAUGCGUUGUGGAUUGGAUUUAUGCAAUUCAACGUUUCCGUCCUUUUCUCCCUCAUCUUCCUUCCUUUCUCCAAAAUCCUUUUGGUGGUUGGAAUCCUCGCGGGUUUCUUCGUUCUUCCGAUCGAUGAAAACAGUAAAUUUGGGCUGAGGUUGGCAAGCUAUGUAUGUAGGCAUAUGGCCAGUUAUUUUCCUACUACUCUCCACGUUGAGGACAUCAACGAUUUCCAUCCCGAUCGCGCUUGUGUUUUCGGUUACGAGCCGCAUUCUGUGUUGCCGAUCGGAGUUGUUCCGUUAGCUGAACGCACAGGUUUCAUGCCUCUUCCUAAACUGAAGUGCCUUACUUCGAGCCCCGUAAGCCCAUAAUCCUUCCCCUUCUGCACUUCAUUACUCAAUGUUCUUUUGGCCAUAACUUGUUUGGUGGUAUAAAUGGAUGAAUACAGGUGUUCUACACUCCAUUUUUGAAGCAUCUAUGGACAUGGUUGGGUGCUUCACCAGCCACAAGGAAGAACUUCUGUUCCCUGUUGGGAAAUGGUUAAAGUUGUAUUGUAGUGGCUGGUGGAGUCUAAGAGACAUUCCUCAUGCAGCAUGAUUCUGAGUUUGCAUUCCUCAAGGCACGAAGAGGGUUUGUUCGUAUAGCCAUGGAAAUGGGGUAUCCACUGAUCCCAGUUUUCGCCUUUGGCCAAGUCAGUAAACGAUGCUGCUCUGCUCCAGAAUUCAUUAAUCUCAGCAUUUCCUACCACAUAAUUCGUCAU